AUGGCGCUCAUACUUCCCGGGGAUACGAUAAAGGGCACUGUCUUUUUGAUGGUCGUGCGGCCGGUUCGCAUUACGCAUCUGGUUAUUUGUUUGCAUGGUUACGUGAAGGUCUUUAAAAAUGCCGUCCCGGCGGGCGAAGCUCCCCCUGAUUUGGGCUUUCUUGGUCCUGGCCGCGGCCGUCGCGGCGCAGAAUACAUGGGCAACGGGCUGGCCACCUUGUUCGAAGACGAAGUCGUGCUGUGCGGUGACGGUCGUCUCAAGGAAGGGAUCUACAAGUUUCGUUUCGAAAUGGGGCUUCCUCCUUAUUCACUCCCCAGCAGCAUCAAUUUUGAGCGAGGCGCUAUUUCCUAUUCAUUAACAUCCACCCUUACACGACCGACUACGAUGAAUCCGACCAUGUCAUGUCGAAAGCGAAUCAAUGUCCUCGAGGACAUUGAUAUCGCCCCAUUCCCCGCCCCCAAAGCCCGCAUCGUCACUCUUGAACCGAUAUCAAAACGCUCGAAAACGAAAGCGAAGUCCAAGUCUGCCUCUUCUGAAACUACCGCCCCCACCGAUAAUCUCUCGAUAAAUACACAUGUCAGCCUACCCGACACACCGGCUGAACGUCCCCCGCUGAGCCCAUCACCUAGUAAUGUCAGUUCCUCCAGUCGCCCCAGCAAUAGCAGUCAAAGCUUUCAAAUUGCGAGUGAUCCAAGCUCCUCCGCGAGCACCGGAAGACGAAAUAGCGAAAGCUACAGUGCCCCUCCCUCGAUAUCAGAGAAGAAUAUCACCGCCAAGACCGAGGUGAUGCGCGCCGGCGUGCUCCCAGGUGAUACGCUACCUAUCAUAGUUACGAUCAACCACUGCAAGGCUGUUCGGAGCGCCCAAGGAAUCAUCAUCACACUCUACCGCCAAGGCCGCAUUGAUCUCCACCCGGCCAUUCCCAUAGGCUCCCAAGCGGAUGGGAAGAAACCAGUUUAUGAAGAUUGCUAUCCUAGGUCUCGGACAGGACUCGGAGGAUUGACACUUGGCACAACUCGUACUAGCAGCACCUUCCGCAAGGAUCUUUCACAGUCAUUUGCCCCGUUGAUCGUGAAUCCAAGUGACAUGACCGCGAUUGUCAAGACCUCUAUUCGAAUUCCCGAGGACGCCUUUCCCACCAUCACGCGAGUACCUGGAGCCAUGAUCAACUUUCGAUAUUAUGUCGAGGUGGUAGUCGACUUGCGAGGCAAAGCUACUACCCCCGAGCGCUUCAUCCCGCGUUUUAACAUGGUUUCGGGUGGUAGCACGUUCUCGCCCAGUGGCCAGAUUUUAAACCCCGCCGAUGCAAAUGGGACCGCAAUCACCGCCAAUUGGGCAGGAAAUAUCCUUGACACGGAUCAAGUUCGACGCUCGAAAGGCGUGAUCUCAGUUGCCUUCGAGGUCGUCGUGGGGACCCGAGAUUCACAGCGCAAUGCGUCUGCCGCCGAGCGAAUGUCUUUCUCCGCUGCUGAUUCGAACGCUUCAAAUCCUCCUCCGGAGUCUUCCACUUUCAUCAAUCCCGGUGAUACAGAGGACUGGCCCGAGGCUAGUCCUCACGAGUAUGGUCACGAAGAAGAGUUUUCCCCAGAACAAGAGUGGCCCGAACAUCCGGAGGAGUAUCCUUCGCCAUACCAGCCAAAUGGGCAAAUGGCUCCAUUUCCCGAGCUGGAUGAGCCGGAAGAUGAAAAGGCCAGGGUUAGGCGCCAUGAAGAAACGCUCUUGCCGAGCCAGCCACCCGGUGAAGACGAAGCAGGUCCUUCCACCAGAGAGAUGGCUAUGCCUACCGCGCCAGUCUUAUCCGACGAUCAUCAUCUCCAGGAUUAUGAGCAUGUACCAUCGUCGAGUAGAGACCCGCUGCCCUACGCAGUUCGAUCCGCAGAAUCUCUGCAGACAAUCGUGGUUAACGGAAAUUCUGCCGAGCCUAGCGCGCCUUCUGCUCCACACGAAGAUAAACAAGAGCUAGAGCGCCAACGACUGAUGGACCUAGCUAGUGCUCCCCGAGAACCACCUACCGAAGACACCGGCGAAGGGCCCAGUGCCCCGGUCUUCGAUGAAGAUGAUCAAUUAGUUGGUGGCACGGCGCACGCGGACGAGUCUCUCCCUCGGUACCAGCGAUGA